AUGAUCCUCCAGUAUUCCGGCCCAUCGUUCGAUUACCCCGAAGCUGGGUACGCCACCCCACAUAAGCUGCCAUCAACGUCGCAUUCGACUGGCGUCGCCGUCAUCACCCCUAUUCAUGACUGUUUUCUCGCCUCGGAAUUUCCCUUCCUUCUUCGUCCCGUCCUCCUCUUGCCCUGGGGUAUCUCUAGAGGCCCCUCGCCGCCUCCAUUCAUCACCAUGUCGUGCAAGCACUUCAUCAACGACCCGACCCACCUAGUCACAUCCGCCCUCCAGGCUCUCACUCUCACCAACCCCAAUGUUGCGCUCGACGCCACUCACAAGAUCAUCUACCGCCGUCCCGCCGCCACUUCCCACGAUGCCGCCUCGGCGCGGAACGAGGUCUCCAUCGUCUCGGGUGGCGGCUCCGGCCACGAGCCCUCGUUUGCAGGCAUGGUCGGGCCCGGUCUGCUCUCGGCCGCCGUCGCCGGAACCAUCUUCGCCAGCCCAUCGGCCGAGCAGGUGCGCCGCGCCAUCACCUCUCGCGUCGACACGAAGGAGGGCAUCCUCGUUGUCGUCAUGAACUACACCGGCGACGUCCUCAACUUUGGCAUGGCCGUCGAAAAGGCAAAGGCCGCCGGUGACGCCGCCGUCGAGAUGGUCGUCGUCGGGGACGACGUCGGUGUCGGCAGGGCGAAAGCCGGAAAGGUUGGCCGACGGGGCAUCGCGGGGACGGUCCUGGUGUUGAAGGUGGCCGGUGCCCUCGCGGCCAUGGGGCGGCCGUUGGGUGAGGUGGCGGCCGUCGCGAGGCUGGCGGCGGCCAAUAUCGUCAGCGUAGGUGCGAGCCUUGCCCAUGUUCACGUCCCGGGACGAGCGGUCGACGCGGCGGACGCGUCUGCCUUGGCCUCCGGAGAUGUCGAGAUUGGCAUGGGCAUCCACAACGAGCCCGGCUCGGGUAGGGGAAACAUGGACCUGCCCAAGCUCGUGGCCACCAUGCUCGCCCAGCUCCUCGAUCCCGAGGACAAGGACCGUGCGUUCCUCGACGUCAACUCUCGCGAGGUCGUCCUGCUCGUCAACAACCUCGGCGGCGUCAGCGUGCUCGAGCUGGGAGGCAUCACUAGCGAAGUCGUCGGUCAGCUCGCAAGCGCGUACGGCAUCCGCCCGGUACGCGUCCUCGCCGGCGCCUUCAUGACGAGCCUCAACGGCCUCGGCUUCAGCAUCUCGCUGCUCAACGUCGUCAACACCGGCGUCGGCAUCAACAUGGUCGACCUCUUGGAUGCCCCGAGCGAGGCUACCGGCUGGGCGGCGCCGAUCCGCAAGGAGUCGUGGGAGGCAAGGAACACGUCGACGAGGGAGGACCGCGAGAGCGCGGCCCCUGACGCCAAGCCGAGCGGGCUGAAGAUGGAUCCUGCGCAGGCCAAGGCAGUGCUGACCAAGGCACUGGAAAAUGUCGUUGCGGCCGAGCCCAAGAUUACAGAGUACGACACGGUGGUUGGCGAUGGCGACUGCGGCAUCGGCAUGAAGCGGGGCGCCCAAGCAAUCCUUCGGCAUCUGAGCGAAAAGCCCCCGACCGGCGACGUCGUCGUCGACGUCGCCUCGAUCGUGUCCGUCGUGGAAAACACCAUGGACGGCACCUCGGGUGCGCUCUACGCCAUCUUUCUCAACGCCCUGGUGCACGCCCUGCGCGUUCUGGGUCCCGGCAGCGCCACCGCCGACGUCUGGGCACGCGCGCUCAAGCAGUCCUGCGACGCCCUCUCCAAGUAUACGCCGGCGCGCCCCGGCGAUAGGACUCUCGUCGAUGCGCUGCACCCCUUCGUCGAGGUACUCGCCACGACGUGCGACGUCCGGGCCGCCGCCGCCGCCGCGAGGAAGGCCGCCGACGCGACAAAGGGCAUGCAGGCGAGCCUGGGGAGGACCGUGUACGUCGGCGGGAGCGGGUACGAGCAGGUGCCCGACCCCGGCGCCUGGGGGUUGGCCUGCUUCUUUGACGGCUUGGCAGGGCUCUGA